ACAUAUUUGAUAUUUCUAAUUUGCGUGUGGAAAUUUGGGCUUAUGACCUAAAGGAGUGAUGUAAAUCCUUCUAAGUUACAGAAUUUGGUUACUUUAAAUUUAAGUAAAUAACAUAUAUAAUGGCCAAAGUGAUGGUAAUCGCAAAUAGAUGUAGUUAAGCCGGGUGUAAUUGUGAAUUAUACAAAUAUUUAUGUUUUUUUGUAAUGGUGUAUUGGUUAAAUAAAUAAAUAAAAAUUCGAGACGUUUAAUCCAGAUGUAGAACCAAAAGACUUCUAUCUGAAGAGCUUGAUAGGCCACGUGAAACAAGAACAAAAAACAAAGAACAACCAGCCUUAGAUAUGGCCUUGUUUGCCUUUGAAGACAUCAUUGGUAGUCAUUCAGCAGUUGGAAACUUCUUAAUAAAACUCUUCGGAUACCUGGUCACCGAGCAAUAAGUACAAAAGAAAAUCCAGCAAGAGAUCGAGCAAGCUGUGGUCACAAAGGGAUAUCAAUCAGCAUAUGUGACAGAAAUCAGCUGGUUUAUACUGAAGCUGUUAUCUAUGAAGCUAUCAGGUUGAUAGCUUCGCCUAUUGUUCCUAUGAUGGCCAAUCAGAGUAGUCCUAAUAAUGGUUCACGAAUGCCUGGGCAAUGACAUGGAUCCUACUGAAUGUGGUUGGAUAAAAGAUGAUAAUGGUGACCCGUGAAUACAGUAGAAGAAACAGCAACUGCAGAUCAUUUAAAACAAGUAUUUUGUAAUUGUAAAGAAAGUGCCUGUGAUGUACUCCCUCUACCGUGCGUGGCUUUCCCUAAGCCCCUGUACCGGACUACCACCCUUAACAGCACAACCGAUACCCCUUAACCUUUCUGUGCCAUCUCACAGUGGUCAAAUUCCAGAGGCACCAGAUGUGACGUUACAGGUCGGACCUUCAAUGACCCAUUUUUCUGCACACAGAAGCAUCUUAUCUAUGCACAGUGGAUUCUUUAAGGCUGCCUUAGCGAACCACGCAGGACUUUCACCGAUCUUGGUACCCAACGUAAACGUAGAUGAAUUUUCUUCGCUGCUCACCUUUAUGUAUACAGGGUACUUGGAUUUAAAUAUCACGAAUAUUUAUAGCAUUUUGCUGGCGACCCACAUGCUCCACAUGCCGCGAGCUUUGGAGCUUUGUAGAAGUUUUCUGCUUCACCAGCAGCCCGUAACAGAAACUCAUGACACGCCUAAAAUUAAUGUGAUAAAACCAAUCGCAAGCAGGAAAAUGGCACCGUCGAUGCAAGAGGUUUUUGGACCCUUGACAUAUGGCACAAUAACUAAAAGCGAGGAGACUUCUUUUAAAACUGUCAAGGAAGAGACUACUGCAAGUGCUUCCGUAUCUACUCCAACAACUAGCAAAUCUAUUAUGAAAAGUUGUACAAGUACCGGAGAGAGUAGCAAAAACAGUCAAGAGAAAAAACCAGCACCUCAUAAAAACAACAAAAAAAAACAAGAUAUGUCCAGUUCCAAAGAUAAAGUUAUCGUGGACGUGGCUUGCUGCGAUGGACCCGUGAGGUUUCAUCGAGUUAUCAACAAAAAUUAUGGUAUACAAGACACAGAGAACUUUGACACGUCCUCCGCCAACUUCAGGGUGUCUGAAUUCAAUCGAAGCUCCGCCAUGAACAAAGUUAUGAAUGAGAACAUCAUGGAAAAGCUAAACGGCAACGAGGACCUGGCAUUUAACGAAGUAUUUACUUGUGUCUACUGUAAUCACACUUUUAAGUCUCAAUACUGCUACCAAAAGCAUGCAAGGCGUCAUCUAUACCCAGUGAGUGUAGAUAAAGUAGCGCAGGCAGAGGCCAAGAGAGAAGUUAAACUUUUGGACAUGAACGUGCAAUACUACCCAUGCAAAACCUGCGGAAGCAAAUUUCCUAGCUAUUACUUCGUACAUAAACAUAGGAAAAUGUGUCAUGCCGAGGAAGUAGCCGACAAAGAUAACAAAAAUAAUGAAAUAGUGGUGGAAAGUGCCGUGGCUAGGGAAGAGAGCAGCAGCUGUAGUGCCAUAGAUGUUGAAGGUGACAUUCAGAAUGUGAAUGAUCAGGAGGUGACCUAAUUUCAAAGUUAAUCAGAUUUUGAAGCUCAAUUUGAUUGUUCCAGUUUGUUUUUGUUGUCCUUGUAAUAAUCAUAUCAUUAUAUGCCUAGAAAUAUUA